CUCAUUAUCAUGGCGGAGGACGAAGACGGUGUUUCAAAUAAAAAUUCACCACAAAAUUCAAACGAUGCAGACUCUAAUCAGGAAAACGAACAAAAUGCUGUAAAACCAGACUUAGGAAUUGAAGAAGCAAAGUAUAAUAGUCAAGAAAAUGGCCACGCGUCGCCCACAAAGCCCAAAAGUUCCUCAACUAAGUCUACCGGAGCUGUGCGUAAGGAAGAGAAUCCCUUUUCGUUUCGGCACUUCCUCAAGAGAGAUCUUUCGUUGCCGGGCAACUCGACUUAUGAGAACACUGGUGCCAGGCCUAAGGCUUACUCGAGCACAGUGCAACACUCGCCUACUAAAGUAGAUAUUCACACAGAAUCUAGACGUGAGAAAAAUCGUCAGCAUGAUAAUCAAACCAAAGAUAAAGCAAGCGAGGGUGCAAGCCAUCGCAUCAAUGAUAAUGUACCUUCGACUAGUUCUAUGGACGUACCGUUUAGGGUAGUAGAGAGCUUGAAUUGUGAGGAUAACUUUUAUUCGGAAAAUGCUGAUGUAUCAUUUUAUCGCAAACCAAAUUUAGCAUCUGAGCCUAUGGGGAUGCCAUCCCUACCUGAUUUUGUGCAAGACCAUAUUUUAGUGGAACAAGCUUACUUACAUUCAAACGGACCGAUGUCAUUGGACUUGGACAAUCUACCAGAUUUUACUUUUAAUACUAACUUUAAUGCUGGUUCAUCUUCAUCCUUGGGAAGGAGAAAUGACAACAAUUAUGUUGGUAAUAGAGGCUAUGAUUAUGACCCAUACAUGGGUGCAUCAACAUCGUCUGAUUCAGGACCAUCAAACAGGAAUAUCCCACUGGACCUGCCGGCAGGGGCCGAAGCGGCCGGCCCUGUCCCACUCGACCACCCCAUGCAUCUCAGUCUAGAUCUCACUGAAUCUGUAAAUCCUUCAGAUAGAAGGAAUAUGUCACCUAGAAACCAAUUUCCAUUAGACCUGCCUCCAAAUGCAGGUGCUGAAUCUAAACGUCUGCCGGAUUUCCUGCCUGUACACCCUGGCAGAACCUCCCCAGAACCGGAGCACCAGGACGAGCAGCUGCAGCAGAUCAUGAGCGAGCUGGAGAGAACCAGGUCGGAGUUAUUCACGGAGCGCAGCCGGCGAUGUCGUGCUGAGCAGGAGAUGGCGAACGUACGCUACCGUUUGAACGAACGUGAGCGCGCAUUUCGCGAACAUGUGUGCAGGCCUGUUGUUACCCCACCGACUGAAACUAGUCCAGCCCCGGAGCCUCCCACUGAGGUUAGAAAUGCAGAUCCCGAAGUUGUGUCAAAAUUGAAAAAUGAAAUAAAAAAAUUAAAAGAGCAGCUGCGGGUGUCGCAGGAGGAGGUGAGGGUGCUCCGCGGGGCGCAGGCGGGAGCCGCCGCAGACCUGCGCCGCGCCUCCAGGCUCGCUGAGACAUCUCUCAGAGAGCUGCUGGCGGGUCUGGAGCAGCUGAACACGCUGAGCUCGCGGCUGGACCCAACAUGAUGGGAUA